CCGAGAAGACUGAACCUUGGUGGCGCAUGACUGACAAAGAUGAAUUGGCUUCCAUGGUUGCUCAAAAAUCACUUGAGCAUAUUGAAAAUUGUGAUCUUCCACGACCACAAACCAAGGAUUUCGGAAAGGGGCAACUUCCUUCUCUAGAGUUUUUUGUCUAUCAUCUUUAGAUUGGAGAUUUCAGACAGGCUUCUCUGAUGUUAGCAACCAUCACUGAGGAAGGACCAGCUACGUCAGUUUAGAUGAAAACCAGUGCAUGUUGGGUGAUAUGCAACUAUCAUUGCCAAAUUCAGAUGGUUUAUAAAGAUGGUUUACGUAUUGUAGUUUUAUCAUCACAAGUAUUUCUUGGUCGGUCUCGGUUCGUGCAUAAUCGAAAUUUUGGGCUUUAAAAUCAACAAAAUGGGCCUUGAUUGGUCUGGAUCAACUGCUCUCUUUCUUUCUUCCCUGACGUAAGCUAAAGCCAUACACCCUUUUGUCUGUUGAUUCUCUUUAGCUGAGUCUCUCACCUCUCCCGAUGCAGUUCCAGCUGGGAAGACAACACAUGGCUGCUGUCUCGAACUUGUUAGAUUCCCAAAACCAAUGGAAAUUCAGCUGGAACGAAUUUUUGCUUAUCUGCAGCGAUUUGGAGGUAGAUUUUGAGUCUGAAGAGAAUGCUUCCAUUGUCUACGCUGCAUUGGUUGUUGAUAAGGAGUUGCAACCUGACAAAGUGACAAGGCAAAUGUCAAUCUCUGAUGGGAAACUGUCAGUGCACUUUGAAGCAGUAGAAGCAAGGUUUCUCCGUGCAUCGUUUUCAGCUUUUGUCGAUGUACUCACACUUGCCUCAAAAACAAUUGAAGAACUUGGGCCAGGAAUGGAAUUGUGAGGUCUGAUUAUCGCAAUUUGGCUAUAAAUGCUGUGGAUUUUAGCAAUAGUUUGGCAUUAAUGUUUUUUUUUUUUUCGUAUUUCAUCUUUGGAGUCUUCAUGAUAUACAUGGAACAUUAAUUAGAAUGUAACUUUAGCUUGUAGGUUUCUUCUUAUGUGUGUUGAUCAGCUUUAAAAAUACUUCAUACAUGUAACUUUGGGAAGCUAUGCCAAAUGCCCCUUUUUUUUUUCCAAACCUGUAUCAAUUGUGUUAUACUAGAAAUGGCUAGGCUAUGAAGAGAACUAUCUUGACUCACUUGAA